CUUCUCUCCCUCACAGAUCUAAGCACUUGCCUCAUUCACUCCAGCUGCACAGGUUGUGAGAGAGGGGAGAAAUAGAGAAAGAGUGAGAACAGGAGAAAAAAGAGGAUACUAUUAGACACUGCUGGUGAGAGAAAGAGGACAGGAGGUGAAGAAGAAGAUCUGUUCUGUGUACUGUGUGAAGGAGUAAGGCAGGAGACAGGUCUUCAGGGGUGGGAGGUGACUCCAGGAGGUUAUAGUGAUCUUUGGCAGCGACCUCUCCUUUCUGCUGGGAGUCAGUCCUCCAGGAUCCAGAGCCAUGGAGCCCUCCGUGUCGACUGAGGUCGAGGGGGAGCCCAAGGAGAGGAAGAAGAUCCACUUUGCUGUGCCGGCCUCUGCACCCACCAACCUGGACCCUCGACAAGUGGAGAUGAUUCGGCGCAGGAGGCCCACACCUGCCACGCUGUUCAGAGUAGCUGACCAAUCAUCUCCUGAGGACGAUCAGUCCACCCAUCAGUGGGUCGUUGGAGAAAAUGGAGUGCUCAAACCCAAACGUGUCAAUCCAAAUGUGUACCAGCCUCCAUCACUUAAAGCUGUGCAGAAGAUGGCUGAAGCACAUAUGCAGCACCUAGGUGUCUACCCUCCUUUGGAAGACCCUUAUGAGGUGGAUGAGGAUGAAGACAACUGGCAGAGACAGGCGGGAGUGGACACGUCUCCCACCAAGGCUGCUGGUCAACAAGAGACAGCGACCUCUGACAACUCAGACAAGUUUUCCAGCGUGAGUGAGACGGCCAAUCAGAUCCCAGCGGCCCAGGAGGAAGAGGAGGAGGGGGGAGGCCAAAUCAAAGAGACAACAGUGGAGAACAGUCGGGGGAGUAACUGAGAGAGAGCGAAAGAGAGCAGGGCAAAUAUUUGGAGGGAGAGUGAGGAUGUUAAAUGAAAGGGUUAAAAUCUGACACGCUCAGAAACAGACGAGCGGUGGGAGUGGGGUUUAGUGGAGGUCAGUGUGUGGAGACUUGAUGAAUGAAACUUCCAUGAGUCCAACAUGUGAGUGAGCUGAGAUUAGUCUGAUCUGUACUUGUGCUCCUCUGAAGGGUGAGCUGGACUACAGCGAGGAAGGAGGGCCAGUCUGAGUCUCAGUACUGAGCCUUUUAUGAGCAGGUGGGGAAUGAUCGACUGACAGAGCAGACUGCAGACGCCACUUUGGCCCCCUGAGUCCCUUUGUGUAUAGUGAGAGUGGGCGAGUCAAGGUGAACAUGACCAAACACCCUGAAAGAGCAGUCCUCCCUCUACCUUCAUGCUUCUGCUCACAGUGAAACUUUUAAAGAGGGGAACACAGAGUACACACACACACACACACACACACACACACACACACACAUGCACGCACGCACACACAAACACAAACACAAACACAAACACAAACACAAACUGUCUGGGCACAUUCACAAAUAAGGAUGAUUCUGAUACCACCCUUUAACUCCAAAGUCUUUAAAUCUGAGUUUUAGUUAUAAACCAUGACCCACAUCAUUGAUUUUCAGCACAUUUUGAGUGUAGAGUCCUGUGUGUAAAUGUGCAUGUACUGCCCCCCUGUGGUAGAAAAGUGAUACUCCAACCAAGACACUGACAAAUUCUAAAUCUAAGGGGCAACAUUGAAUAUUUUCAAAAAACUGAAUGUAGUUUUAAUGCUCCCUGGAGUUAAGGGUGUGUCCAGACUGUAUUUUAAUGAGGUGGUCCAGCUGGGGCAAGGACUUGUGUUGGGUUGACAUUAAGUGGGUAUCUUCUCAACUUCUUGCAGGACUCAAACAGGAGAUAUUUGUCCAAAAAUCACAAAACAAAAAAACUUGAAAAUUUCAAACAAACUCCUCUGGUCAUAAAUAUAUUAUCGGCCAUGUUUCAGUACCCUGACAUCACUAGUUAAUACAUUUAUGACUUAGAGCAGGACUUUGCUUGCAAUUUUUGACAGACUUACCCUCUCCUAUUAUACACCUUUCAAAUGAAAUAUAUUCUUCAAGUAUUUUUCUUCAAAAUAAGAUCAUAGAAAAAUAAAUGCACUUCAUAGCAGCCAUUGCCAACACAGUUUAAAAAGUGGCCAAUCACAUUUCAAGGAGGGUCCACGCCCCCCCCCCCCCCCCCCCCCCCCCCCCCAUCUGGACACGCCCCUGCCUUUCAGUGAAGUAACUUCCUGUUUCUAUCUCUGUGGUUAGAGUUGUUGUUUAUUUCAGAGUCCAUCAUUUCCAUGUGGGAUUACAUUUCCUAAUGAAGCAUUAGAGAUUGAUGCAGCCUGUAAUCCAGGAUUACAUUUAAUUAUUUUAAUCUCAUUGAUGUCACACAAACUGUUAAAGGUUAUAAGUGACUACAUGACUAUUACUCAGUAGAAAAGUAUAAAUAAUGAAACAAUACUGGUUGGAGCAUCACUUUAUGUAACAAUGCCUACAGGGAGUGAAUGUGUGUGUGGUCGAUCAUGCUACAUUUUCAUAAAUUGAAUCUUUAAAGGGCAAAGCUACCUCUGAUUAGUUUGAAAUAAAGAACCCAACCAUCAGCUUCAUGAUGCAUCACACUUUUAGACUCCACUCGUUGUAAACUGACACCACUUUGAAGGUUAAAAAUUAUAAUGUACGAUAUUUUCCAAUACUGUUACAAAAGACUCAUUUGGGAUUUUUCAGCGCUCACAGAUCUCCUUUUGUAUGUUAACACUUUUCUAUUGUUCUCUUUUUAAUUGUCGUCUCAUGAUUAAUACGUCAUGGAUCUGUUGUAAGAGCUAUUUUUCUAAUCUAACAUGCAGUGUACGAGAAACUCUGUCUUGUGUCUACUGUCUACACGCAACACACGUCUGCACACAUGCAACAUGAGGCCUAAAACCUGGGCUCUGCUGGUGUGAACGACAUAAGAGCUGAAGAGUCACUGCAAAAACUGUCUGUCAUCUUUUUACCACUGAAAUACUUUGUCUGUAUUUUCUUGCUGUCAACAAUAAUUUGUAAAUGUUUUAGUUUUAUGUGAUUGAACUUAAAGUUUGAUUCCACAGGAUGAAUUAAUUCUGCUGUUUGUACCAUACGGGAUGCGGUUUGUACAUAAAAAGUGUGUGAAACUUUUUUAACCUCUGACCUGUCUGAAUUGUGGGAUGACGUGAUGAGCAGAUUGAGUGUAUUGAGGCUCUGCAGCCAACGCUGUCCUCUCUGUCCACCUCCCCUCUCCUCCUGGGCAUGAAGAAGCCAAACAUGGGAAGACAUGUAUGAACUCUCACGCCUGUUCUGUCUUUGUUUUAUUUCAUUUUUCCAUUCUUGUGUUUCUUAAUGUGAUGUGGUUGUUUAAAAGUGAGCAACAGUAUAUCAAAUAAAGGGUUUUCCUUUUCUCCUUUAAACUGAUCUGAAUGUUUUGUGUGAGAGAAAUCUGAAUUAAACAAGUUUGUUUUAAGCACAA